AUGGCAGCCGUCUAUACCCAGAAACAUGAAGCCCAGGUGAAAGGAGGUCCAGAGGAAGGACUCUCCUUGAGCCAUCCCGUGCACUCGGACACUACACGAAGGUGGAUCGUCGCAAGCUACUGGCUGGUCGUGCUCCUCUGUCUACCCGUAUGGUACUACAUGACGAGUAUUGAGCGCCUGCCUCUGCCAACAGAGAGGAUCGGACUGCUGGAGGGAAAGCGGGUGACUUUUCCUAUUAAAAUCGAUCUGGAUUUGGGGAAUCAAUUCGACUCGGUGCAGAGAGGGAUGUAUGCUCGUGGGAUGGAAGAGGAUCUAUCGCUUUUGAAGCAGCAGAGCAUCGAUUUCCCGCCUCUGGACUUCGAAUUCACCUUCAACGCGGAUCGACAUCCAGUUGAUCCGUGCCUGCAGUCCGAGACCGACGAGGCAGAGGACUCGUACUACGUCCAUUUCCGGAUGGUGGAUGUAGACAGGCCGUUUGUAACGUGUGGUCGGCACCUGGUUGUCGGGGUUAAGGAUACUCUGCGAAUACCGCUCCCGGUUACUGAUGCGAUCCGCGAUCUUGUUGCUCCGUAUUCGAAUCAGAAGUUACAUCCAACUGCGGCGGAAUCCCGCAUCGCGCAGUACUCGCCUACCUAUCGCCUCGCUUUCACCUUGCUGAACGAAGACGCUUCAGUCGGGGGGGCAGCCACAGGCUGGGAGAUCCACGAGGCGCUAUCGCGGUAUAUCCACCCCACCCUCACGCAACUGAGGGACUUGCACAACUUUACCGUCGAGAGUCAAGUGCAGUAUUUUGGUGGACUGACGUUCGAUCCUCAACUGGAGGUGAGCGACGGUGUCCAGAGAUGGACACUGUCCGAAGAGCAGAUGUCCGUCUUCAUCAACUCUGCGGAGUGGACUCUCACUUCUGGCGUGUCGAACGACCCCGUACUACAUUUCAUUCUCUUCGUCCCAUCUGCUGAACGUCGACCUCUGGUCACGCACACCACCUUCGUUGGACAACGUAACGACUCUUUCGUUCUGCCCCAAUGGGGCGGCGUGGUGAUCCACAACCCGCCGAUUGCGGGCCAAGGCUCACCCAACACGUUCCUUUCAUUACACGAUCUUUCUGGACCGUUCAACACAUUCCGAGCCCAGCUAGCGGCGCUGCUCGGCGUGCCGCAUUUCACACCACAAGUCACGGCGCUUGAUCGAGCUAAAUUUGGCAUCACCCCCUGGCAGCUGGACGCGCUCAAACGUCGUCGCUCCCUCGAAAACAUCGCCAACAGCGCUGACGCCCUCAGGAGCAUCGUCCAUCUCGUAAACCAGAUUGAGAAUAUGCCUGUAGGUCAAGAUGUCCUAGGACAAGUAGACGGUGCCCUGGCUGCACUCGACGCUACUACGCCCGCAACCCAAGAACAGUCUUCCCGCUCUCUUUCCCAUCUCCUUGCACAUUCCAUCGAUGCUCUCACCCUCUCCUCACAGGCGUUCUUCAACCCCGGCAUGAUCGGCCUCCUUUACUACCCCACCGAGCACAAAUACGCCGUAUACACCCCCCUGUUUGCCCCUGUGGCUGUGCCACUUGUCGUUGCGCUUGUGAGGGAUCUGAGAGGAUGGAGGGCAAGAAGGCGCGCGGCUUCUAAGCAGAAGACUGAGUGA